AUGUGCGCGUCCAAGCUCAGCGCUCGCGGGACGCGCGCGCAGGCGAGACCGUUCUCAUACUUUGACGCCUUCGUCGCCACGUUCUCCGACGCGUACGACGCGAAGGCGAACCCGGAGGGGUUCGUGAACCUCGCUGUUGCUCAGAAUGUUCUCUGUAUGGACGAGAUGCAUGAAAGAGUUAACAGAGCAUUCGUCGAGAGCCCAUCGUCGUCGACAAGCGCGAUGUACGAUGACAUGAAAGGUUCUCGAGAGCUGAAGGAGGCGUUUGCUGGACACAUCAAUUCCCGCUGGGCAACUGAAAAACUUGCCUGUCGUGCUGAGGACUUGGUCGUGUCGAGUGGCGCAGGUGCGCUGAUCGAGAACCUGUGCUUUUGUCUGUGCGACGAAGGUGACGCAAUAAUCAUUCCAGCGCCAUAUUAUCCAGCCUUUCCAAACGAUUUGAGGGCGCGCAUGGGGAUCGAUGUCGUUCCCGUCUACGCCGAGAAACUGACGUCGCUGCCAACGCCUGCGGACUACGAAGCUGUGGUAACGCCUAGAUGUAAGGCAAUUUUACUCUGUAAUCCUGGAAAUCCCACGGGAGUGAUUUUCGACAAAGAGAGCGUAAUGGAUACGAUCGAGUGGGCGACCAGCAAAGGUCUUCAUGUCAUUUCAGAUGAAAUUUAUGCGGCGUCUUCGUUUGGAAGCUGCUUGACAGAUGAGUUCUUACAAAGACAUUCGAUGCGAAACGGACGCAAAGCGGGCGAUCAUCGUACGCCAGGUAUGCACAGCGGCAUGUGGGGCUCCAUGGCUAUUUUGGAUCGUAAAAUUUGCGCGGAAUUAGAAGAAGAAGAGCGCGUGCUAGCAAUGGCAGAACGCGUUCACGUAAUUUAUGGGCUAUCCAAGGAUUUUUGUGCGAGUGGGUAUCGAGUCGGCGUGCUCUGGACACGUAACGCCGCCGUGCAUCGCGCAUUGGACAACGUAUCGUAUUUCUGUGCUAUACCUGGACCGAUGCAACAUGCGUUGGCGACUGUCCUCAACGACGACGACUUCAUUCCCAAUUUCAUUGUCAUGAACUCCCAUGCGCUGGCGGCUCAGUUCGCCAGUCUCGAUCAUUUCCUGAGCGUCCCAGCGCAAUUCGUUCAACCGGACGCUGGAAUGUUCGUGUGGUUCUCGCUCCGGAAUUUUCUUCCAUCCUCACCCACGUGGGAGGACGAAAAGAAGCUCUGGCAGCACGUUUACGAUGUCGCCAAAGUUGUCCUCACCCCUGGCGCGGACUGCGCCAUGAACGAGCCGGGUUGGUUUCGGAUGUGUUUCGCCGCCGUCGACCGCGAUACACUCCAAGUCGCGGUGCACCGCAUCGAGGCCGCCCUGAAAGCUAGCAAAAUGUAA